CAAAACUCUUUUGUGACCAGGGUGAAAGUGUACAGUAUUUUAUCUGAUCACUGUAUUAGUGGUUCCUAGUGAUGCCCCAGUGUCAGUCAGUUGGUGUACUUCCCAUGGAGAGUCUGUUACAGGGGCGGACUGACCUUUUGGAAACUCGGGCACUGCCCGAGGGCCCGGGGUCAAUAGGGGGCCCCAUGUGAUGCCCCUGGUACCUUUUUCAUAGGCUUUUUUUGAGUUUGGGCAAGGACACAGGGGCCCCAUGAUCCCCUAUUGCCCGGGGGCCCCAUGA